UUUAAACGAAGGGAGUAAUAAAAAUCUCACCUUUUUUUAUAUGUAGAAGUUGAGAAAUAGAAAAAAGAGAGAGAUAUGGCUUCCCACCUCUCAUUUUCUACUCCUUCAGCUCUAUGGGGUUCAUACUUAAACCCCAAAUCUUCCUCUUUAUGUCAGUUGAAUAUGAAGAAGAGGGUAGGGUCUCAUGUGAGCUGCAGCUCAGAGGAUGAGAGUUGUACUUCUGCAUCUUCCGAGCAUUCACAGGAAUCUGUAGAGGAAAAGAGAUCUCAACCGUCAGUCUCGCGGAGAUGGUGUCUAACUUGCCUAUGCUCAACUGGAGCUCUGAUAACUGCUUCUGGAAAUCCAAUUUCUGAACCAAGAGCAAUUGCCUUAGAUGGAAAUGAAAGUCCUGGCUGUCGGAAUUGUGGGGGUAGUGGCGCUAUAAUUUGUGAUAUGUGUGGUGGUACAGGAAAAUGGAAAGCUCUAAACAGAAAACGAGCUAAAGACGUUUAUGAGUUCACUGAGUGCCCCAAUUGUUACGGACGAGGGAAACUAGUAUGUCCUGUAUGUUUAGGAACUGGUUUACCUAAUAAUAAAGGUCUUCUUAGGCGGCCAGACGCAAGGAAGUUACUUGACAAGAUGUAUAAUGGACGACUGUUGCCAAACUCAUAAGGUUGAAAGCUGUACUAAACCAGAAGGACAAUGAGAAGAGACUCAAAGUAACUAUGGAUGUAACAAACUAUUGUGUUGUUGAGUGUACCUGUUAAAUCUCUCGAUGAACUCUCGUUCUCUCCCUGAUCUCUCUUGAUACCGGGGUAGUAGUAUUCCCAGACUUUCAUCGACCCCUCCACCAUUCUGGAAAGAAAUGGGAAGCAGUAUCUGCCACAUGAUAGAGUUAGCAUAUCAAUUAUUUCGGAAUAUUGUGAGAGAAGAGCAUUAAUUUGGUGUUCAAUUUGCAUAUUGUCUUCAUAUCUCAUAACAAUAGAGAAUGAAAGAAGAGAAAACAGAGACUGUUUUGUACUUUGGAUUGUAUCUGGAAAAUUGUUAAAGUUUGUACCAUCUAUUAUUUUUUAAAUUGGUGUGUUAUGGUA